CACAGCGUCCUACCAGAUUAAGUUUGUUGGUGGGCCAUUGUUGCUCUGGUGCUUAGGGAAGUAAAUAUGAUUGUUUUAUUAUGUGAAUUAUCUAUCGUUAACCACUUGUCAACGUGGUGGCAUGGUUUAUAUCUUUUCAACGAGAAAGGAUAAAGAAUUAUAAUUGAAAACACAGUAUUGUCAAUUACAUUUAAAGUUAAUGGAUAUUGAUUUUCCUUUGGUCCAGCCUUGUUUUGAUAAGGUUCAUACUAAAUUUCGUUUCGACUUGCUUGAAAGUUAACUAAGUUGUAUAAUUAGCUGAUUUUAAUUGUUGGAAACACGAUGAAGAAGGUUUUAAGUUUUGUAAAAGGAAAGAAGGAAGAGAGAAAAGAAAUAAAAGUGAAUCCGCCCAUUUCUGUUGAGAUCACAAAUCCAUCUGGACAAAAAAUUACAAGUGAUGAUGAGCAUAUAAUUGGUUUGCAGCAAGCGUCUGGUUAUAAUAUAGAUGUUAAUGGGAAGGAUAAGACACUGUCUAAAAUUCAUAAAGCAGCCUGGUUUGGUAAUUUAGAAAAAGUUAAGUUGUAUUCAAAGAAAAUUGAUGUUAACUCUGUUGACUGGAACAAUAGAACCUGCUUACAUUUGGCUGUUGCACAGGGUCAUACUGAAGUUGCCUGGUAUCUUUUAAAUAAUAAUGCUUCCAUGACAAUUUGCGACAAUGAUGGUCUCAAUCCAUUUUUGAAGGCCAUAGAAUGUGGGCACAAGGAUUGCACUAAUCUUCUUAUUGAAUGUGGUGUUGAUGUCAAGUUAUCUGAUAAGCAUGGUAACACAGGUCUUCAUUUUGCUGCAAAAGCAGGUUUCUACAAUAUUGCAGCUUUGCUAUUGAAAGAAGGAGCUAAUUUUAAUACCCCUAACAAUGCUGGAGAUUAUCCAUUACAUCUGGCAACUAGUUUUGACCACAGGGAAAUGGUAGAACUAUUAAUCAGGAAUGGAGCUAAUGUUGAUGUUGUAGACAGAGAGGGACGUACAUCUCUUAUGUUGGCUGCUAGAUCUGGUUUAAAUACUAUAAUUAAGGUGCUUUUGGAUGCUGAUGCUUCGUUGGAAAUAGUAGAUUCUAAUGGUUGGACAGCAGAGGAUUAUGCACAGUUUGGAAAUCACCAUGACCUUGUCGAACUUUUGAAAAUUCAAAAGAAAAUUGAAGUAGUCUUAGAUCAUUCUGAUAAACUUAGUGUUCAGUCUUCUGAUCCUUCUGAAACAUUUGAAGGUGUUCCUGGUCAAAGUAAUACUGGUGAUGAGCUGCCUGACUCUCCUAGAUCAUGCAUUACACCACCACCACUUGAGCCUCCAAGGAGUUGGGAUCUCAUUCAGUCUGGUGUUAUUGACCAGGAUAGUGCUGAUGCUAGACGCAGGAGUUUUAUUACUCUUGGUACAUUGAAGAGAGAAUCUACGGGCGGAAGCUGUGACUUGCCUACAACUGCUAAUUCAGAGAUAAUACCUUCUGCUUUAACUCCUAGAAGCGACUGUAUUCCUGUUGAAAUGAGGUUGAGUCCUGAACCAUUGGCAAAAGAUAGAGUACCAACACCAGAAAGACGUACCAGAUCACCUUUGGAAAGAGCCAAUUCUCUUGAUUUACCAUCUGAUCAAGAUUCUCCUGGUAUCGGUACUCCAGAUAAAGUUCUUGCCCCAAGUACAUUCAUAGAAAUUACUUCUUCUCCUGUCAAAGAUUCACCUGAAAAUGACUUAUAUGAUUCAGAAAUAACUAAUCAAUGGAACACUGAAAACAACAACAACAUUACAUUAGACAAACUAGAUAAUGUAAUUAAGCCUAUUGAAUUUGGAACAAAUAUAAAUGAAAAAUCACCACCUUCACCAAUUCCAAAUAUAUAUAUGACAUUUGGGGAAAUAGAUAAAGUGAAUAUUGAAUUUUCUCAAAAUUGUGCUAGUAAUAUCAAACAAAGUGAAUUUGAUGGGAAACAAUUAGAUGACCGAAGUUAUACCAUCGAAUAUUCUCAGUCAUAUGAUAAUUUAGAUGAAAGAAGCUUGUGUACUGAUAAUGCCUUUACAGGAGUUUCAUCAUCUCUUGACAAUCUAGAAGAUAUUGAAGAUAAGAGCUUGAGUAUUGAAAUCAUUCAAUCUACUGGAAAAUUGGAUGAUACCUUGGCUGUUUGUACUUUUCCUGCAAAGUCCAAAUUUAGGGAAACUCAUUCCUUAGAGCUUUUGGAGGAAGUAGUCGAUUUAAAAUCUUCGAAAAACAAAAGGCAUUCGAGAAACAAAUCCAUAACACUCCAAGGUCAACCUCAAUUUUGGAGAAGUGCUGAUGUUAUAGUGAAGUCAUCAAGCUUUGAAAAAUGCACAAACAUAGAUGCACAGCUUGAAUGCUAUGAUGAAGCCUUGCGACAACUAGCAAAAGUUAAUAUGCCUAAAGCAAUGCCUCCAAAAACUGAUGAAACCAAUAUGAAACCAUUACACAAUUUUGUAAAUGACAUUCCGUUUCUACCCAAAGAAACCAAUUACCAUCCUGAAGAUAAUACUUUUCCGCAAGUCCAUGACAUAGAACCAAUAUCUUUAGAUUUUCCUCCUGAAGUCUUAGAAAAUGAGCCAGAUUCUCUGGAUAUUGAAAAAGAAACAUCAUUUCCUCCUCCUCCAACAUAUUUCAUGGAAAAUGAAGAUAAUGAAAUAGUUCAUAUUAAUACUGUUGAAGCAUGUCUUCAAACUAUUGAUAUCAAUUUACCACUUCCUAUAUCCAUGUUGACACCUAUAAAAGAGAAUCAUUUUGAAUCAGAUUCCUUAUCUAAUAUGGAAGUACAUGAUGGCGAUGAAAGUGAAUCGUCAAUUGUUGAAAAUGAUGUUGCUCCAAGAAAAUGUUCAGCCACCCCUGGUCAUUUCAAUGUAGAAGUAAUUGUAAACAAUAAGAGUGGAGAAGCUUCCCCAGAAUCUGUCAGUACGCCCGUUAAUAAAUCACCUGAUGUCAAUUAUAUCAAAUCUAAUUCUUAUGAUUCAUCGAACUAUUAUGAUGAUGCUGAUGAUGUUUUCUUACAGGAUGGUAAUCUUCCUGACCAAUAUCAUAAAUAUUUGGUUGAUGUUAGAGCUCUUCAAAUUCAUCCAGAUAAAAUAGACUUCACUAAGGUAAUGAUUCCAGCUGACACACCUAGUCCACCUGAAAAGUCUUCUGAUGAAGUUAAUAAUUCUCCUGUUGAUAAAGAAAUACCAACCAAUAAAUUUCCGUCAUUAAACUUUGAUAUAGGAGGCAUAUGUAAUUUGAAAACCAGCUCAUCAUUUGUAAGAAUUGAGAAAAAUGAAAAUGGUGAAACUACAGGAGUAGGAAGACCUUUGCGUCGUAAAAGAAAACUACUGCUUGCAAUGAGAGAUGUUGAAGGAGGUGAAACUACAGAAAGUGGAGUUCAGAUGGCCAGCAUUGAGAAUGAUGAAGAAGAAGAAGAUUCUGACGAGGAUCCACCUUUCUGGCAAAGUACUGAUAAAGGUGGAUACUUUAUCCGUCAAAACACUGUUAUCCCUAUCAAUCCAGCUCUGCUGAAACCAGAUAUGGCUGAUGGAUCGAUGCCAGGUACAUCUAAGACUCCACAAGGGGUUAUAUCAAGCCCUCCUGGAAGUAGUGAGGCUGAAACGGCCAGUGCCUCAGACACACCAAAGCGUUCACCCAAGCUACAAAAAGGUAUGUUCCAUAAUUACUUAAAAGAGGCUACUGUUGAGAAAGGAAAAUUAGAAGAAAAAGCUGCAUCCCUUCUUGGAACUGCUGAAAGACUCCAGUAUGAACUGGAAGACUCAAGGCAAGCUGAAGCUGCUCGAGAAGACACAAUCGCUGUGUUACAGACCCAACUUGCAAAGCUGGAAAGCAGAUAUACAAUGGCACAAGAAGAAAUAUGUUGUUUCAGGCAUAGAGCUAUUACUGCGGAGCAGGAAUUGGAACACCUUCGAGAAAUAUGCAUGAAUUUAACAAAAGAUAAGUCAGAAGUAUACAGAGACCUGACUAUGUAUCUUGAGUGUUCAGUAUUGUCAAAAUCAAAGUCUUCAGAAAAUACAAAAAUUCCAGUAAAUAUUUCAAUUGACAACAUCCAUUUGAUGCUGAAACAUUUAGAAGAAGAAAAAAAAGUUGAAGAGGAGAAAAACAGACGACUUGUUCAGCACUUGGAAGAAGUUUUGAUUACUAACCAAAACAUGAUUACUGAACGGGAAGCAUUAAUAGCUCAAAACAUAGCUGAUGUAAGAAAGCUUCAAGAGGACACAAUAUGUUGGAAAGAAAGAUAUGAGGAUUGUGCUGCCAAGCUAGAAAUGAUGGAUAAAAAGCAAGACCCCCGAUUGCUUGAAGCUCAAGACACUAUUGCUACACUUAAACGAACAAUUGCUAUAUUACAACAAGAAAAAACAGCUCAUCCAAAAUAUUAUGAUGUUUCAACUAGCACUGCCUCUCCCAGAAAGUUUUUGGGUUCAACAGAUUCUGAUGGUAUUGAUAAAUCUUGUUCAGAAAUAGCUCUGGGAGCUUUACAAAAUGAACUUAGUGCAUGUAGGAAGUUGUUAGAAACCUAUGCUGUGGAAAAAAGUGAAAAUAAGAAAAAUAGUGAAUGCAGUAAGGUUAGUGACAUAGAACAAAAAUUGAAAAUAGAAAUAGCCAAAAGGGAAAUAUUGGAAAAUCAAGUAAAAAGGCUGCUAAGUGAAGUACAGCAAAGGAUAGAUACUGGACAUUUGGAUAGUAUUCAACAAAAACUUGUAAAGGAUUUUGUAUCCAGGAAGGAAAUAGAAGAAAUUAAAAACCUGCACGGGGAAGCUCUAGAAAGAGUAAGACAGGAAGUAAUAUUUGAGUCGGAAUCAAAAUUAAGUGCCAAGCUUGCUGAAAUUAAUGCUCUGAUUCAAGGGCAGAUGCAGGAACAGAUAAAACUUGAAAAGAUGAGGGAAAAUAGUGAAUCUUCUAUUAAACAACAAUUUGAAAAUAUUAGUUGCACCUUACAGACAGAACUUGGAAAGAUUCAAAGUGCUCUAAAAGAAAAAGAAGCUGAAGAAAGAUUAUUUAGAAGUAAGUUUGGAGAAUUGGAGAUAGAAUUAAAGAAAAAUCUUGAAGGUAAACAGAAUUCUGAGAAUUAUCAAAGUGAUCUAAGUCAAAGUAAUGAAGAUAUAGAAAAUAAACUAUUGAUAUCUCCCUCCUUUCAAAAGAAAGACACCACCUUGAAAAUGUAUCCUCAGCAAAAAGAAGAGAUAAACAUCUUGAAAAAAUGUGAAGAAAGGAAAGAAAAAGAGGCCUUGGAGCCAGAAACACUUGAAGAGAAGCUCAGUGAAGAAUUAAAACUAAAAUACAUUAAAAAAUUUUAAUUUUUGUAUAUUUUUAAAUUUAUAAACCAUAGAUAAACGAAGUACUUGUUAAAUUGCCAAUUUCUUAAAUCAUACAAUGAAUACUGUUAAUGUUUAC